AUGCCUUCAUUGCAUCCACUCCCGGUAGAAGUAGUGGAGCGAAUUAUCAGUUUUCUAUGCAUUAUGUCUCCGUCAACACCCACCGAGGAAAUGAAUAGUGCGGAUCAACCUUUUUUAACCCACCAAACCUUCGUCGAUCUGCUUAAACUUCGAUUGUUAGCUAGGGCUUGGGCAGCAGCGAUUCCAACAUUUAUAUACUCAUCCCUGUAUCUAAAAAAACCAUUUUUCAAUCAGUAUGCCGUCAGAAUGUGGAAUAACUACUUGUUUGUGUCAAAUCUGGCAAACUUACGUCGGCUUUGCUUAGAUCAACUCCUAUAUAUACCAGCUUCGAAGGCAGAUGGGUACCAUAUGGGGUUAUCAGAUGAAUGCAGUGACCAAUUCGAGCUCGAAUACAGUCACUCAAGAAUUUUACUUCUGACACUCCGCAAUACACUCGAGGCCUUAACUGUCAAUACCAUCCCAAUUGAUCUCCCUCGCUCAAUCCGCAUCGGAGGCAUUCCCAACCUGCGAAUCAUACAUUGUAAACAGAUCAGCUACUUCCGCCACCAUCCAGUUUGGUUUGACUGGGCAUUGUUUAAUACGAUUGAGGUCUUCAUCGUGGACUACCGUGACGAUAAGGCUUACUGGAAAAGAUUUUUAAGGACACCCGGGGGACCUCAUCUGAAGGAAGCGGUCAAAUUGAAAAAAUUCAUCUUUGUAACAGGAGAUGAUGAUUUAACUCAAGACUCAGAGUUAGAAAAUAUGCUCAAAAGUUAUGGAAUUAGAUGCGACUUUGUAUCGGAGAUGACACAUAAAGACAUGUUGGUAUGGCGACAGAGAAAAGGUGCCUGCGUAUUGAAACCACCAGAGGUUGGAGGGAGGGCACCCUACGCCCAAUAUGACUGGGACUUGGGAAAAUUUGAGCUCGACAUAAUUUAUGAUGCUGUGUGA